CAGAAGAUAAACCGGGGUCAAAGAUACGCCGCGUGUUCGAACGUGUUUCAUUUCCCUUCUUGGUGCUCGGAUCGUACGCAUCUCGAAACAUGAGCGUGAAAAAUAUUUGGUCGGUCGGUGUUUUCGUACUGGUAGUUUUCGUGAUAAUCGGGACGUCCAUCUUGCACGGGAAGAAAACCGUGAGACGGGAUUAUCAGGUGGCGAAUAAACCGACUUACGACGUAGUUGAUAACAGGAUGAAGGGAUUGAAAUUGGGAAAAAUUGAAGCUACCGAUGGGAGGGGUUCCCGAAUCGACGAUUUCGAGAUUAAGGCGGCGCCAGCUUUCAGGAUACCUCCUCAUCGAGUGUGGCACGUGGUUGGGAUACACUCCCCUCGUGAUAGGGAAUAUCGUUCGAUCGUGGAACGUGAAACGGAUAAAGGGAUCGAUGGAGAAGAUUUACCCGACAUAGUGGAAAGGAAUAGGACGAAAGUAUCGAACGAGUCGAAAGACUCGAAGAAAAGCUACAAGAAAUUGAAACUGAUCCGAACUCGGGCUGAUUACAAGAAGGAGUGGAGGAGCAAAGAACAACAGUUGACCUAUUCGAACGAUGAUAAAUCCACGAAGAAAACAAUCGGCGGGCGACAAGCGAGUUAUUAUUUCGCGAAUACGAACGAGGAUCGAAUAAACAGGUCGAGGCGUUGCGCGAUGCACUCGAGGAAUUUGAAAGAUGACAAAUCCGAUUAUUACGCGAUGAGGAAAGAGGUUAUGGAGAAAUUUUACGCUCGACAGAAAGAGAUAGCGAAGAAGUACGCGAAAAGGGUGACCACCGCAACCACCAUUGCCACCACUCCCCAGUACACGUCCUAUAAUUUACGAGAAAAAUUUAAUAGAAAUAAUAGUACAUCGGGUAAAAUUGAAACGAACGAUGUUCAAAAUGUAUCCGCCAAGAUCGAGACGAAUAACGUUCAAAAAAUUGAUAAGACGUUGCUCGACAAGCGUAGAGAAAAUUUCAUCGACGAUGCCGUUUUAAUUUCCAUGAUUCCUCCUACGACAAAGAGUCGGAAACAAGUAAUAGAAACGACAACGGUAUCUAAUAAUAUGGAUCGAGUCACAAGUGACAGGUCAAACGUAUAUGCAUAUCAGAAUCAUUUGAACGGCAAAGUUGACAGCAAAAGUAACGGAAGUGUUUCGAAACCAGAUAAGAAAGAGGACGACAUUGUUCUGAAAUGGGGUGUUUGCUCGGGUAAAUUAAUAUAUCAGCACAAUUUAAUCAUCAAUACGGAAAAUUCGAUACAGAGUGAUAUGGAUUUAACAACUACGUUGGAUGGUUCACUGUGCGUCACUUGCAUAAGAAUCGUGCCAGUGAAGAACAGUAAUACCACGCUGAAUAUCGAUGUAAAUCGUAACAACGAUGGCAGUAUAAGAUCUUUAAUAUUUAUCGCUAAGGGGUUGACGAAUAUGGAAUUUUUAUACGUAAUAAAGAUCUGGGCCGUGAGAAAGAUAAACGAUCGCUGCGAUCACGUCGAAACAUAAAUCUACAUAUAUAUAUUUUCUAUAUAAUGUUUCCUUUAAAUACAAUCUUUCUCUUCUCAUAUUAAAAAAAAUAUAUACUUUUAACAAA